UGGCGCAAUAUUGACAAAAGCGAGUGCUUGUUGGCUAUAUAGAAAGUGGGGGAGGCAGCCAGGCAGGCACAGAAGAAGAUUGAGAAUGGCGAUGGAGACGAGGCAGGUGGGCAUCGUAGGUGCAGGUAUCAGUGGCCUGAUUGCGUGCAAAUACAUACUGCAGAAGGGCUUCCAUCCCAUGGUGUUCGAAGCCAAGAGCUGCAUCGGAGGCGUGUGGUCCAAAACCAUCGCCACCACCAAGCUCCAAACUCCCAAACCCCUCUAUCAGUUCUCCGAUUUCCCAUGGCCCUCUUCUGUCGUCCAAGAUUUCCCCGACCACAGUCAGGUCCUCCAUUACAUCACUUCUUAUGCCCACCACUUUGACCUCCUUAAGCACGUCAAAUUCAACACCCUCGUCCAACGCCUCCACUACCAAGGCCCUUCCCAGCAAGAGACGGCAGCAUGGCACCUCUGGGGCGGCACUGGUCACCCUUUCGGCUCCAAAGGAAAAUGGAAACUCUCAGUGAAGAACGCCCGCACUGAUUUCACCGAGGAAUACAUUGUGGAUUUUGUGAUCCUGUGCGUCGGAAGAUUCAGUGAUGUUCCUAACAUUCCGGAGUUCCCUCCAAAUAAAGGCCCGGACGUGUUCCGAGGGGAGGUUAUACACUCCAAGGACUAUGCCUCCAUGGAUUAUCAAACUGCAUCCGAGUAUGUCAAAGGGAAGCAAGUCACCGUUGUCGGAUUCCAGAAAUCUGCUCUGGACAUCGCAAUGGAGUGCCAAGCAGUAAACGGGAAAAGACAUCCAUGUAGAGUUGUAUACAGGAAAGAGCACUGGAACAUUCCAGAUUAUCUUCCAUGGGGACUCCCUCUAGCCUUUCUGUACCUUAAUCGCUUAUCAGAACUUCUAGUUCACAAGCCCGGCGAAAGCUUCCUACUCAGUCUCAUAGCUACUUUUCUUUCGCCCCUGAGAUGGCUGUCCUCAAAAUUCGUUGAAACCCACAUCACGAGGAAGCUUGGAUUGCACAAGUUUGGAAUGGUACCGCAUCAUAGCUUUCAUCAAGAGAUAAACUCUUGCUUGAUCUCAUCCAUGCCCGAGAAAUUCUAUGAAAAGGUGGAAGAGGGGAGUAUUGUCUUGAAGAAAGCACCGAGCUUUAGCUUCUGGGAAGAGGGAAUUUUAGUUGAUGGAGAAACUACGCCUCUGAAGACAGAUCUGGUAAUAUUAGCAACCGGGUUCAGUGGUGACAAGAAACUCAAAGAUAUCUUCGCUUCUCCCACUUUCCAGGAGCUUAUAGGAGGCUCUCCAAGUGCAACGGUUCCUCUCUAUAGAGAAUGCAUACAUCCGGAAAUACCACAGCUGGCGGUGAUCGGAUACUCGGAAAGCGUAUCAAACUUGUAUACGUCAGAGAUGAGAUGCAGGUGGGUGGCGGAGCUGCUGGACGGGACGUUCAAAGUGCCAAGCAUUGGGGAAAUGAAGAAGGACGUGAAGAAAUGGGAAGAGUACCUGAAGGAAUACUCGGGGCAGUACUAUCGGAGGUCGUGCAUAGGUGCCCUGCAUAUAUGGUAUAACGACCAACUCUGCAAGGACAUGGGCUGGAACCCUAAAAGAAAGAAGGGAUUCUUGGCUGAUCUCUUUCUGCCUUAUGGCCCUCUCGAUUAUUCUUCCUGAUUCCAUUCUCUUCCCUUCAAUCUCUAUCCGUGCAAAGAUGCAAGCAACUCUUUCUAUUUUUUUUGACAACAAUUCCCUACAAAGAUGCAUUCAAUCGUUCUCAUUCGAUCAUCUUCUUCUUUUUUUCCUUUUUUUUUUUUUUUGAGCUUAUGUUGAAUGUCUUUUUCUUUUUUUCCAGGUCUUCCAAGUGUUUAACCCCCGCGCCUUUCUUCUCUUUCGCAUUUCUUUUCUUUCUUUCUUUCUUUGUUCACUCAGUUGACUUCAAACGAGCCAGUUUGAUUUUUCACUGGAUGGACAGCUGUUGGCCCACUAUAUCCUGUCUGUUUAUAAACUUUAUAAGGAAUGAAGUAUCACUUGAUCCAA